AUGAGCGCGCCCCGGAUCUGUCGUGCCUCUCUACAGGCCAAUUGGCAUGUCACCACCUUCUCCAGAGGCAUCAAAAGCAAAGCGCGUCGACCAGCACAAUCAACCACCAAACCAAGUCCAUCACAGAGACAGGCACCCCCUAAAUCUGAGCUCCAGCGUUUCCAAGAACGCAUCCGCACAGAGAAGGAAGCCACACAAAAGAAAACUUACCAUGGCAUCUCACCACGCGUGCUCACCUUCCUGGGCAUCACAGCCCUCACUAUCAGCACGUACACGGGCUACCUGUACGCGUCGUACACGCGCGAAGUCAGCAAAGCGCAAUCCCUCGAUGUCCCCACCGACGUCUCGGAUCGGUACAACUCGACCGCGCCUACUUUCGACGCCGAGGUCGAAUUGUCCGAGAAAGCCAUGCGCAUGGGUACCAAGCGCGCCGACCUCGUCCACAUGGCGCGCGGCGAUGUGCUAGAGGUGAGCUGCGGUACGGGUCGGAAUUUGGAGUACUACGAGCUGGGCGAGCGGCGUGGGGUUGAUACGGACGGGAAGGGAGUGAUUAAGGGAUGUCGGACGUUGACGCUGGUGGAUUUGAGUUCGCAGAUGGUGGCGAUUACGGAGGAGAAGUUUCGACGGUUGAGGCCGGAGUUUACGAGGGUGCUGUUUCGUGCACAGGAUGCCGCGAAGGUUGCCGUUGAGAAGCCUGUGACGACGACGAAGACAGCCAGGGAUGCUGGUGAUGAAGAUCGAGAUCGGUACUACGAUACUAUCGUGCAAACGAUGGGAUUGUGCUCGAUGCCGGACCCCGUGGCGACGCUGAAGCAUCUGGGCUCGAUUACGGAGCCUAGUCGGGGUCGCAUCUUGCUUCUGGAGCAUGGGCGGUCGUAUUAUGGCUGGUUGAAUCGGAUUCUGGAUAAUCUGGCGCCGGCGCAUGCUGACCGACACGGUUGUUGGUGGAAUCGGGAUAUCGGGGCUAUAGUGAAGGAGAGUGGGUUGGAGGUGGUGGAGGAGAAGCGCUGGCAUUUUGGGACGACUUGGAAGUAUGUUCUACGGCCAAGACAGGAUCACGGUGAGAAGGAGUGA